UAUUUUUUUUAUAGUAUAAGCCGUUAAACCAGCGGACGGAUCACUUGAUACCAUCAGCAAUCAGCGCCGCCCAUGGACACCCGAAACACCAAGGCGUUACAAGAAUUGGGAAUUUAAGGAUUUUGGAGGACUCGGGGAUUCGGGAGACUAGGGAGGGGGGGUAAUUGGGCCUCCGGUAACCUGACUCACACGACGAAACACAACGCGAGCGUUGUUUCAAGUCGGUUUUCUGCUCGUUGGUGGUAUCACUCCGGUCGAGCCGGUCCAUUCGUGCCGAAGCAUGGCUCUCCCACACUUGAAUUGUA